AUGGAGGAAAUUGAGACAAGGCGUACUAGACGCCAAUUAUGGUUCCCUCAAUUACCACUUCGAAAAUGGUUUCAAUCCCGUACCGUGGAUGCUAAUUUAGGUGGCACUCAAGUCACUACCUCUGCAAACUCUGAGACCCAACAAGGAACUGAUUUAACAUUGACACAAACUAUGACAAAGCCAGAUGCCCUGGAUCAACAGGGGACUACAAAAUUUGCAUUAGGAGGAAGAGAUCAUGGAUACCUUCGAGAUCCAGAUGUGAACCCACCUGAAACAUCUCUUGAGUUUUUCUUUUAUAACAUGUAUCGUUUAAUAUUAUGGUUCCAAAGUAUGGAUGUCGUGUUCGCCUUGAAGACUGCAGCUGGUUUUGUAUUGUUAUCCUUGCCAGCUUAUUUACCCCAAAGUGUAGGUUGGUUUUUCGCUUGGCGUGGUCAAUGGGCUACCAUUACCUUAUUACUUUGGAUGUUACCCAUAGUUGGCAUGUUUUUUGUCACUGUUACGUUAAGAGUGAUAGGAACAGUAUUAGGAGGUGUCCUGGGCAUUAUUGUAUGGGAAAUUGCUAGAGGAAAUCCUUAUGGUCUUAUUGUUCUUAUGUUUGUCUGUAUGAUUUUUUUCUAUUAUAUAUUUUUUACCAAUCAAAUAUUCAAAGUUGUUGCUAUUAUGACUCAAGUCACCUUAAUAUUAGUUGUUUGUUAUGAAUAUCAAUAUGCAAUAAGUGGUGCGCCUAUUUAUGAUUCAGUUGAAGUUGUCGCUGGAAAGCGUAUGCUUCUGGUAAUUAUUGGUGUUGGAGCAUCUGCAAUAUUAUCCAUCAUUCCAAAACCAAUAACAGGUCGUGUUGAACUACGAAAACGAAUUUCAAAGACAAUACGUGAUAUAAGCAGACUCUAUAGUAUCUUGGUGAGUGAUAUCCUGAUCACACAUAACACCAGUUUUGAACCUACAUUAGGUCAAAUCAAAGCCUUUAGAAAAUCAGCUCUAAGUAUUCGUAGACAAAUUGCGGAUGAAAAUACAUAUUUGAAGAUGUCCAAGUUUGAACCACCUCUUAGAGGCAAAUUUCCUUAUGAAGUCUAUGCUAAACUGGUAGAGAAAGUUGAUAACAUGGCUGAUCUUCUUCAGGGUAUGGCCUUUGCGUUACGAUCAAUGGAUAAAGUAUGGAAGCGAAAUCUUAUUAAAGUAAUAGAAGAAGAGAGACUUCACUACGUGGCUAAUAUAUUGUCCAUCAUGAAACUUGUAUCAUCCACAAUGGCUUCUAAGAUGGCUUUACCUCCUUUUAUGUCAUCACCUACAGAAAUGAAGCAUCAGUUAGUCAAAAAGUUGCGUAAAGCUAUUAUAGAAUGUCCUGAUCAUCUUGAUAAUGAUACCUUUCCAAGUUAUUGCGCGUAUACUGUAAAUUCGUCCAAGUUUGCAGAAGAAUUAGAAGAAGUGGUUGCAUUAGUAAAACAACUUGUGGGUGUCGAGGAUCCUGAGCAAUGGCUUCUCCUAAAUGCUUAG